AUGUUUCAAUCGCUUGCAGUUAAUACGAAUCCUUUCCAAAGAAAGGAACAUGACCAUGAACGGAAUCGCACAUCUGCUCGCCGCAGAUUCUGCUUCUUUAGUGGAGACAAAAACGGAGUCGCUGGAGUAUACAACGCGGCACUUUCCAAUCCCAAGACAUCUGGACAAGAUAUGAAGCAUGCAAAGCAAGAACUUGAUGUCAUGGAAAGGGACAAGGAAACCCACUUACCCUUCAUGACUAAAGUGAAACGUGCCCUUGGUAUUUGUAGCUCCCCUCAUCAGAAGCAAGAAUCCAACAGAAGGCCGCAGCGGCGAUCGGCACUCGUGUAA